AUGGACCCAUUAGUGGCAGAAGAGUGGUUUAGGUCCGUAGAGCAUACGACGGCCUUGUUUCCCAUGACAGACCCGGAGAAGAUACGGUAUGCUAGUUUUCUAUUUCGGGGUGAUGCCCGGAUAUGGUGGGAAUUGAUGGAAGAUACUCAUGAGAUAGCAGUUAUGACCUGGGGAGAGUUCAGGAGGUUAUUUGAGGCUGAGUACAGAACAGUUGACCGGGUUCAUGAAAAGAUCCAAGAGUUUAUCGGUUUACAACAGGGCACUGGUACAGUGAAAGAAUACUUAGUGAAAUUUAUUUUCCUGGCAAGGUCUGUGCUAGGUGUAGUGAGUACCCCAGAACUAAGAAGGGAUAAGUUCGUGCAUGGGCUAAAGCCAGAAAUAGCCCGUGAUGUAAUGGCAGGUGCCGAGCCCCUUCAGACCUAUAGUGAAGCCUUGGAGUGA